GACAAUCAAUCUCCGCGAAUAUUGCACGCCUGUCAAGCAAACCUUCUUAUUCUGCAUUGUUCUAUACCACAUCGCUCCGCAGCCUGGGUAGAAUGGACAGGGAUACAUCAACUACGACACAAGUCGAAGCCGUGCCAAGAACAACAAUGGCCACUUCGGAGACUGUUGCUAAUUAUGAAGAGAACCAACAUCUUCAGACGAGAGUCGAUGCCUUGAAAGAAAAUUGGAAGGGAGUACUCUGGUGUCUGUACUCGUUCUUCAUCUGCUGCAUGUUCGGAUACGACUCUCUAGCCGGAUCCGCAGUAAUCUCUCUUCCAGCGUUCAGGGAGACAUUCGGACGUCCAUAUGAUGGAGACUACGUUGUUGAUGCGAAUUGGCAAUUGGGGUUUCAAGCUGCUACACUUGGCGGAAUUGUCCUUGGUGGCUUUGUAACCGGAUGGGCGACCCAGCGAUGGGGACGCCAAGUCUGCAUCUUCUCUGCUUAUUUCCUUACCAUUGGAGGUGUAUUUAUGCAAUACUUCUCGUCUACCCCGGCAGAGUACUUUGGAGCUAAGAUCCUGACUGGAAUACCACUUGGUUGCUUCACUACCGUAGCUCCCACAUACGCUUCGGAGAUUGCACCACUGUCCAUCAGAGGCGCUCUGACGUCUGGGAUGAAUUUUUCCAUUGUCCUCGGUCAAUUGAUCGGGUUUGGUGUGAUGAGGCAGACAACUCUGGGUCAAUACUCAGGACCAAUGUCCUAUCGUAUCUUGUUCGCUGUACAGUGGGGCUUUGCUGCUGUCGGGCUUGCUUUCUUGCCUUUCUUCCCGGAAUCUCCGUACUGGCUUGUUUCUCAUGGGAAGAUGGACCAGGCGCGGAAGAACAUUGCGAAAUUGCACAACUCCAACUAUGAUGUGGAUGGUCAUCUGGCUGAUAUCAAGGCUGCACUGGACCGCGAGCGAGCGGAGAAUGAGACCUCGGGAUCGUACGCAGAGUGCUUCAACAAGGCCAAUUGGAGGCGUACAUUGGCUGCUGUCAGCACCCUUUUCAUACAAAACGCAUGUGGUAAUUCUUGGGUGAUCGGAUACAUGAGCUACUUCAUGCAACUAGCUGGUCUCCCCUCCGGACAAGCCUUUGACGCCACAGUUGGUCUUAGUGGGAUGAUGGUUGUGGGAAACAUGUGUGGAUGGUUCCUCGUUGAGAAAUUCGGCCGUCGCGGUACAGCUCUUUACGGCUGCAGCAUUCUCUGCGUGACGUUGCUCGUGAUUGGGAUUGUCGCCUGCAUCAAUACCUCGAGCGCCAUUUGGGUUCAAGUUGCUUUCAUGGCUGUUUGGUCGUUCGUUUACCAAGCAACAAUUGGGUCUUGCGCCUGGCCCAUCAUCUCCGAGAAUCCAACAUCCCGCCUUCGAAGCCCAACACAAGCACUGGCUACUAUGAUGAACGGACUCAGCGGCGCGAUUUGGGCUUUUGCCUUGCCGUAUGCUGUAAAUCCCGAUCAAGGAAAUAUGGGAGGGAAGAUCGCUUUUGUAUUUGGCGGCAUUCUGAUCUUCGCGGUUGUGUUUAUCUUCUUCAUGAUUCCAGAGUCCAAGGGUAGGACGUAUGUCGAGAUGGACGAGCUGUGGAGUCGUGGAAUUCCUCCAAGGAAGUUUGCCAGUACUCAAUUGGUGCCAUUAGUGGGUAACGAAGAAAAGCUCAAGAGUGAGCACCUGGAGGAUGCCAUAAUUACGUGAACAUAUACAAUGGAUAUAAAUCUAAGACAUAAUCAAAGAACCACUAUAUCAAAAUAUUGACACAAAUCACAACUUCGAUGAAGAUACCCGUGACUCUUUGAGUCUCACGACUCCCUAAUGAAACAUUAAUAAAUUACUUUGUUCGGAACUCUGAACUGGUACACACCUCUUGGAAGCAAGUCGCGACUAGCGUCCCGUCUGCAGCGAACAUAUGCUGCUGAACAACCCCUCUCCCGUCCCCAGACCAAGGGCUCGCCAUUUCAGUGAACAUCCACUCGUCAGCUCUGAAGCCCUUUGGCUCAUGGAAAUAAAUGCUGUGGUCCAGGCUGACCAUCAUACCAAUCUCAGGUAACCCUUUUGGAUUCUUGACACCUUCAGAACCAUCUUCGUCCCUCAGGUUCGAUGGAUCUCCUGGUCGGUAUAGAGGAUGUAUCCGCGACACUGUACCGAUGAAAUAUGAAUCUGACAUAUAUGCCAACGCACUGAGAUGUGCCUGGUGUCCUCCUUCUUCACUGAUCUUGCCCCUAGCCUUGAUCCAUUGUCUCGUCCGCUUUUCGUGUGGAUGUUCGCUGUCUCGAUUCAAUAUUUCGAUCCUGCGACUUAUGAAGGGGCUCGUCCCAAUUGCUUCUACAUCUUGACAAUCAUCAUCCGGCAGCUGCACCUCUUUCGGAAGAGGUACAGCAUGCUUAACCUGCUUCUUGCCUCCGCUAUUUUCCCGCAUAAAUGAAAGCGUCGUUGUAAAAAUAGCCUUCCCCCGUUGCCUGGCUUGCACAGUACGAGUUGCGAACGACUUGCCUUCCCGAACGUGUUCGACGUAAUACAUGACUGGAAUUUCGGAGUCGCCUGCGAGCACAAAGUAGCAGUGCAUACUAUGGACCGAGAAGUUCGAAGGAACGGUCCGCUGCGCUGCUGCUAGACAUUGUGCAAUAACAGCGCCGCCGUAUAUUCCUCGGGCUCCUGGUGGAUGCCAGAGCGGCCUGGUGUUGGAGAAAAUGUCCUGUCGCAGCACACAUCAGAAAAGGAUUUUCCCAACCAGAUUUAGAUGGCAGAAAGGGAUACGCACUGGAGCAAUUGCUGCUAGCUCCGUUAACUCUAACACAUUCUCAAUGGCCGCUUUGUUUGGAUUGAUAGGUGGUGGAGGAACCAGGGUUGGACGAUUCGCCAUGAUUCCUGAAUGUGUAAGGAAAACCCGCUGCGAGUUACACCUGUUGAACCGCUGCGCUGCUGGAUACCGAAGUUGAUCGAUUUGGAUUGGAGGUCUAAAUGGUGCGAGAACUGGAAAGAUGAACUUGACGCGUUUCAUUCCUUUUGUUGAACAUAGAAGCCCCAGCUUCAUCAUGAAAGGUCAUGUCCGUACCGAGUCACGGCCGCCCAUUUCAUUUGUCGGCAGUCCGUCUUGGCGGAUCAGGUGUGGCGCCCUGGCUCGCCUGGUACUGUAAAAUGUACCUACGGGUACAGCGAGAGCGUACAUCACAUGCAAGUUAUAACUUAACCGAGAGCCCCUGAAUUACUUGUUUACACAUCUGAAACUUCAGGAGUUCAGGGGUUCGGUAGUCCGAGACGACAUACGAGGUUUUGCAAAG